GGUUGUUUUACUUCAGUGUGUGUUUCGCCAUGUGGAUAGAGGUCGGAGGAGUUGGUUUUUAGUAGUUUAUCGUCGUUUGCUGUUGUUGUUGUUGUUGUUGUAGUUGUUUUUUUCAGCCGUUGAAUUCAGCUCAACCGUUUUUUUUUAACGUUCUAUUUUUAAAUCUGACUGCGCGAGACACUUUUAACGGUUUUCGGAAAAAAGCAAGGAGCUGUCGAUAACUUAUUUUUUUCUUCCUUUAACUGAGUUAAAAUUAGUGUCUUUUUUUUUUUUUACUCUUUUAAAAAGUUUAAUUUUUUUAUACUUGUUUAUUUUUUAAUUUUUUUUUAAUUUUUGGGAACUUGGCGGUCAGGUUUGCCCCGUCGCCAUGGAGAAACACGAUUGUCACUCGGCAACGCAUGAGUAUCCACAUCCAUUCAUUCACAAGGUGAAGCUGACCCGGGCGCAGAGGAUCAGGGGCAUCAUCCUGGGCAGCAUCCUCUUCCCUCUCCGGGUCAUCGUGGCGGCUCUCUUCUUCCUCAUCUCGUGGCCUCUCGCCCGACUGCGUUUGGCCGGCCUGCCCGAGGAGGACCGCUCUCGCCCCGUCAAGGGCUGGCGGCUCUGGCUCCUCCACCCGAUCGUCUGGUUGCUGACCCGAGCUGUCUUCUUCUCCUUGGGCUUCCUGUGGCUGAAGGUCAAAGGUCGCAGGGCGGACCUGAAGGAGGCGCCGGUGCUGGUGGUGGCGCCUCACAGCGGCUUUCUGGACAUCGUGGUUUUGUUUCCGGCCCAGCUGGCGACGGUGGUGUCGCGGUCGGAGAACACCAGCCUGCCCGUCAUAGGAGCUCUGCUUGAGUUCAACCAGUCUGUGAUUGUGAGCAGAAAGGAUCCAGAAUCGAGGAAAAAGGCAGUCGCCCAGCUCACAGAGAGGUUGACCUCUGGUGGCUACUGGCCUCAGAUGCUGAUGUUCCCUGAGGGAACCACAACUAACGGCAGCGCUCUCAUCAAAUUCAAACCCGGUGCGUUCCUCGCCGGAGUCCCGGUCCAACCUGUUCUGUUGCGUUACCCCAACGAGCUGGAUACUGUUCGAUGGACAUACAAAGGAACAACCUGGGUUGAGGCACUGUGGCACACAACUUCACAGUUCUACACCAACCUGACUGUUGAGUUCCUGCCCGUUUACAAACCCUCCCAGGAGGAGAAGAAUGACCCCAACCUGUACGCAGACAACGUUCAGAAACUCAUGGCCAAGGCCCUGGGAAUCCCAGCUACAGAUUAUGUGAUGGAGGGCCGAGUUCCUGUCAAUAAACUGGGUGGUCUCUCUCUCCCACUGGACUCACCUGCCAGGGAAACACUCUCACUGUUGCACAAAGACGGUCUCGGCGUGCAUGAAGUGGAAGCAGCACUGGACAGAAUGAUUGACAGGUGUCAGUCAGGAGCUCAGGGGACCGUCCAGGCCAGCGCGGAGGAGCUCGCCUCUCUUCUCGGGCUGACGGAUAAACAGACAGCUGCCAGGAUCUGUGGCCUUUACUCCAAGGAUGAAAUUGUGGACCUCAGACAGGUCUAUUUGAGUGUUGCUGCUUUGUCAGGAUUUGCCAGCUUCAAGUCACUGCUCCACACUGCUUUUACACUAUUUGACAAAGAGGGCAAAGGCAGUCUGAGUGCAGAGGAGCUGUCAGACCUCAUGGGGGCGCUGCUGGGUUUCCCUCAGCACCACACAGCUGAGCUUUACACUCAGGCCUCCAGUCAAGGCCAGCUUACUGAAGAACGUCUGCUGCGAGUGCUGACGACCCACCCGACCUAUCAGAGAGUGGCGAACGAGUACAUGCAGCCCAAGGAGGCGGGCUCUCUGCUGGCCAGUGGGAAGGCUGUGAACAACAACGGAAACAUGCAAAACAGCAACGGGUCCUUCCACUACAAGAAAAAAGUUGAAUGAGAACGAAGAUUUCUUGUAUUUUUUUUUUUUUUUUUUACAGGAUGACCUGUCGAGUUUGUUACAUACUUGUUGCAUCCUAACGGGACAAAUCAAACUAGAAUAACCAUCGACUAAGAAUUGUAUUUUUUAAGGUGUGUGUGUGUGUGUGUGUGUGUGUGUGUGUGUGUGUGUGUGUGUGUGUGUGUGUGUGGUAAAUCGGUAUUGCUGUAACAUUAUAAAACCAAAGAACACCCUUAAUAAUGACUACAGUAAUUCUUGGAGGUGUGUGUAAGUGUAAGAUUAGGUCCAGUUUGAGGACUUGCAGUUCAUGUUUACCAUUUAAUUUUUUAAAAUUACCCUCAAGAAAUCUUGUUCCCGUGUUGUUCAAGAUGCCGUUAAAGGACUCAUUUACUUGUCAUUCGAAGCCAUGAAAUGUCUUAUUUAUUGAAUUUCUUCUAUGUUUAUUGGUGAAUGUAACGGUAUGUGCAAAAAGAAACUUUACACUGUAAAUGAAAAUUUAUUUUAUGUAAAUGAAUUCUUAUUCCAUUUUUCUGUGAAUAUUGUUUCUAUUUAACAAUUAAACUGUGAAUUCUUUUAA